UUUGAGAUGUAUGGGUUUAAAAAAAAAAAAAAAAAUCCAUUGAACAGGAAUUUUUCAAAACAUAUUUGCAAAUUGGAACAUGAAUAUAAUGUGAAAAUAAAUAAAUUAACAAAAAACAACAAAUAUUAUAUAAAAUUAAAAUAGAACCUAGACUAUACCCACAGCCACAGCUCAAGUUGCUCAAUAUUAAAGUAAGAACAAAAUAAUUGCUAUAAAAAGUAAAAACACUUCUAAAUAAAAUUAAAAAAUCUAUACUGUAUGACUUUUUUUUGAGGGGGGAAGCUCAAGUGAAGUUUCGCCAUUUUCAGCCACUGUGUCAACUCUAAUCUAUAUGAUGCCAUGCCUUUGUGUUAAAAAGAACAAAGAAUUCAUAAGUUAAUAAUUUAGUUAAAAAUGUAUAAGUUAGUUUUAUAAAUUUGUUAAAAUGUAAAUAUUGUUGAGGAAAGGUUUCAUCUAAAAAUAAAAAUAAAAAAAAAAUAAAAUAAAAAAAGUGAGGAGUGAGACCUCCUCUCUCAAUUAGCGAUCUUUGACGCGAUUCUUUUUCUUUCCCCCCUGCAGUCAAGCUUUUCUCUCACUCAGCGGCUGUGAGACAUAAAAGAAGCUGCGCUCCCAGUUUAGCCUAGGCUAACAUUCGUCUUUGUAAGUUUUAGUUAGUUUGUAUACUGAAUUUGAAAGGAAAAUGUGUGUUUUGUUUUUGGCGAACUUUUUAAUGGAGCUACUGCUAUCCUGUUGAACCUAAUCACACGUGGAAAAAUACAAUUGUACAACGUUUUAAAUGUAUUUAUUUGUAUAUUUCGCCACGAUUUGAGAGCUCAAUAAAUUGAAGAAAAGUACGCCUUGUGGUUGGAGGAUUUGUUUUUCGGUUUGCUGGCUGUUUAGUGACACUCACGGCAACAAACGGGAAGGGGUGAGCGGUGCCGCACCAAGCCACUUCGGCUGCAUUUUGGCAUACGAAAAAUAGCGAAUACCGUACUAAGGUAUGACGGACAAUUUUAGUGGUUUUGAAACCGCAACGUUUUCACACCACGGUAAACCGUGAAACCGGUAACCGGCACAUGUCUACUCUCUUCGUAUGUUUACUUCCGCGCGCAAAACCCUCGUCCUGCCCUCGCCAUUUUACUAACGUCACGUCUGCCUGUCGCUGAUUGGUCCACUCCGCUGUCUGUUUGCUGUGGCUUGCUCCGCCCUGGAAAUUGUAUCCGCGUGAAUGGUGGCCAGACUCAAUAGCUGGAACAGCGGUGAGUCUAGUGUACCAGGCAAAAUACCUUUGGCCAGCAGUGGAUCUUUUUUUUUAAAUUGUGCACUGUCUAAUGUUCUGUUUUAAGAGUGACUUGCGAUUAAAAUGUGUUAAUUUGACAUAUUCUACUCAUUAAAACUUAUUUAUUUUAAUUAAUGCAUAUUCUUCCCAGCCUUAAUAAUAAUAUCUGUUCGUAAAACAUUGGUCUUUAUAGGUCUGACACAAAAUAUGAUGCAGUUACAUGACUGAAAAAAAGUCUGUUUCUUCUGAAGUGAUAACUUGGUGCCCUGUUAAUUCUGUUCAUAUAAAACGUCUGUCUUUAUUACCCAACUAGUCAGACUGUAUUUAAAGCAUUUACUCUACUUCGGCAAAAGAAACAUUAGGUAUUUAAAUGUGUUUGAAUGUGGUUAUCAGCUGCAGCCAACAAGCUGCUAAACUUGAUUUUCAACCUGUCUUCAGCUUUUGUCACACCUCUUAAGCACAAAAAAAAACUAUUAUCUGCAUACCCAACAUAGUUGUAGCGUCUACAAGGACUGUCUAUAAAAUGUCCACUUAAGCCAGCAGCAAUCACUCCUCGUUGACUGCAGCUUCAGCAUCCAUCUGCAUCUCUUCACCAUGUCCUUCGUCUCGGCCCGCACAAGCUCCCGCAGCAUCUCCUCCACCAGCGGCAUGAGCCUCGCGGGUGCACAGAUGUUCGGGGGGAGCCAGGCGCGCAUCUCCAGCGUCUACCAGGGCCGCACGCCCAGCGUGUACGGAGGUGCAGGUGGUAUGGGCAUCCGCAUCUCCCAGGCCAGCAACGUCCUGGGCUACGGUGGGGUCACCUCGUACGGUAUCGACGCCGUGGGGGGCAGUGAGAAGAGCACCAUGCAGAAUCUCAAUGACCGCCUGGCCUCCUACCUGGAUAAGGUGCGUUCUCUGGAGGCUGCCAACAGGAAGUUGGAGAUACAGAUCAGAGAGUUCUAUGAGAAGAGGUCGCCCAUUGCAAGGGACUUCUCCGCCUACUUCGCCACCAUCAAUGACUUGCGAGCACAGAUUGCAAGAAGGUAUGCCGAGAAUCAGAGCAUCAUCCUCCAGAUUGACAACGCUCAACUGGCGGCGGACGACUUCAAAAUGAAGUAUGAGGUGGAGAUGAACACGCGUGCCAUGGUGGAUUCUGAUUUGGUUCGUCUUCGAGGGGUCCGGGACAAUAUGGUUGUUACCAUCAGUGACCUGAAAAUGCAGUUAGAGAAUCUGAAGGACCAAUUGGCACAACUCAAGAGGAACCAUGAAGAGGAAAUGAAAGCGGCAAGGCUACAAUACAAUGGCAACGUGAACGUAGAAGUGGACAGCGCGUCGUCUGUGGAUCUUUCCAAAAUCCUUCAAGAAGUGAGGGAGCAGUAUGAAUCUUUGGCGUUGAAGAACAAGCAGGAACUGGAACGGUGGUAUCAAACUAAGAUGGAAUCCCUCCAAUCAGAAAUUAAAGGUUUCACCACAGAGGUAAAGACCUUCUCUUCCCAACUUUCGGAGCUGAAGCGGACGUACCAGAGUUUGGAGAUCACAUACCAGGGCAUACUAGCAGAGAUCGAAUGCCUCCGUCAGAACCUCGAUGAAACCAGGAUGCGAUACAGCAGCCAGCUCAGCCAGUUGCAGAUGACCAUCAACAGCCUGGAGGUAGAGCUGCAGCAACUUAAAGUUUCCAUCGAGCAACAGCAGACCGAAUACAAGCUACUGCUUGACAUCAAAAUGAGACUGGAGAGGGAGAUUGCCGAGUACCGCCGUCUGCUGGAUGGAGAAGCCUACGAACAGAAAAAGCCUUUGGUCAUCAGCAAGGUGGUGGUGGAAGAGCACAAGCCCGUCGUGGAGAGGAGAGUGAAGACCAUUGUAGAAAAUAUUGUGGACGGCAAGGUGGUGUCCACCAGCGUGGACACGCAGAGUAGAGAUUAUUAAAUUGUUGCGAAUACUUCUUAAAUGAACCAUUGUAUUAUCUUUACCAGCAACUGCUGUUCUUUCCCCUUUAAAAGACAUAUUCAAAAACAGCUAUUUUAAAUUCAAAGAUGCUCCUUUUUUCCACAAUUACAAUUAUGAGGGGGAAAAAUGAUCAUAUUGUAGUAUUUACUCAAUAUUAAGUGAAAAAAAUUGAAGCAAUGACAAAAUUAAGACAAACAACAUAAUGUCUUUAAUAGCUGUGCCAAAAAUCCAUUGUGUUUUUGUUAAUGUUUUGAACAUGACACACAUAAACAGAUGUCUUUAUGAGAAUCUGAUUUCCAUACAUGAAAAUAAUACAAAUUAAAUGGUCUCCCUGCAA